AUGGGACCCUUGACUCAGGGGCCCAGCCCUCAGGAGCCACUUAUCCUGGGGAGGCGCCACCCGAGAGCCAGAGAUCGUCCAGGGACCCCAUUGCCCACUUUGGGGUCACGCCAAGCCCGCUUGGACCCCACUUUGAGCCUCGUCCCCGACUUUGGCUGCGCCUGGAGCUUCGCCCUCAACAGCAGAGGAAACAUGACCCCUUCGAACAGCAAGGCAACGCUUGCCCACCCCGAGACCUUGAGCAUCCGCCCCCGCUACUGCCCGCAGUGUUCCGAGUUCGAGGGCGCCAGCCCAAACCAGCAGAGACACAGCGGCCCUGCAGACAAUUUGAGCCCAGGGGAAAUCUACAAGGCUGCGAACCUAACUGUUUUUGCUAGCAACCGUCAGCGACCGGAUCAGCCAGUGCAGCUUGAUUUUCAUUUUACCCGUGGCAGCCAGGGUGCCACUCACUGGCACGGCCUUCUGAAAGGACGCACUCUUUUCUUGGACACCCCACAUCUUGCCCUGGAUUUCAACAGCCGCGAAAGCUUGACCGCCACGCUGGAAUACGCAGAGGAGAAAACAGAUGUGAAGCAGGUGCUGGUGAACUUCCAUAAGUCUCGGCGCGACCGAGGAGACUUGCUACGAGCGUUCGGCUUCUUGGGUUUUCAACUUGUGCCCCCAGAUCAUCCUGCCCUGCCCCCCUGGGAAGACACCAUUUUCAUGGCUUACCCCCUGGAACGGGAUCUCGGCUGGGAGCAGCAACGCGAAGACGCCUCCAGGGCCCGGAGGCAGGACGGUGGGGCACCGAUGGAGAGCCUCUCCGGAGCAGCUCGACCAGGGCCUUGAUUUCAGCCCCCCCCCCCCAUGGCAUUAAACUGACAUGAAAGCUCAACAGCUUCUGAAUGACUG